CUCCUUCCCUCGCGUUGGCUCUAAUGGCAACCGUUACCCAUUUCAAGCUCGUCGCUCCGCCGGAAUCUUCCCGCGCCGAUCUUCCGGGAGCUACGAAAGCCUCCGACGCAUUCCAGGAGAAGAAAUCUGUGUCUGUGAACUACGACCGAGGGGAGCAUGAAGUCUCUGUCCGGGUCGGCGGGUUCAGGAAAGCGGAUAUCCCGAGACGUUACCGACUUCGGGUUGAGAACGACCGAUUUCAGAAGGAUUGGAGUGUAUCGGAGGUGGUGGACCGUCUUAUGGCUCUCAAUCGCUGGGACCAAGUUGAUGGCGUUCUCAAUUCAUGGGUCGGCCGGUUUGCUCGAAAGAAUUUCUCAGUUCUUAUCAGGGAGCUCAGUAGAAGAGGGUGCAUUGAGCUUUGUGUCAAUGUUUUCAAUUGGAUGAAGAAUCAGAAGAAUUACUGUGCGAGGAACGAUAUUUACAAUAUGAUGAUCAGGCUUCACGCUAGGCAUAACUGGGUUGAUCAGGCUCGUGGUCUCUUCUUUGAAAUGCAGAAAUGGAGCUGCAAACCGGAUGCUGAGACGUACAAUGCUCUUAUCAAUGCCCAUGGUCGAGCUGGUCAGUGGCGCUGGGCUAUGAAUCUUAUGGAUGACAUGUUACGUGCAGCUAUUGCUCCUAGUCGUUCAACCUACAAUAAUCUGAUCAAUGCUUGUGGAUCUAGUGGAAACUGGAGAAAGGCUCUGGAAGUAUGCAAGAAAAUGACAGAUAACGGAGUUGGACCGGAUUUGGUGACUCACAACAUUGUGUUAUCAGCGUACAAGAGUGGUCGUCAGUUUUCAAAAGCGCUAUCUUAUUUUGAGCUCAUGGAGGGAGCUAAAGUCCGUCCGGAUACCACCACGUUUAAUAUCAUUAUAUAUUGCCUGUCAAAGCUUGGUCAAAGUAGCCAAGCCCUUGAUGUUUUCAAUUCCAUGAGGGAAAAGAAAGCUGAGUGCCGACCUGAUGUUGUGACAUUUACUAGCAUCAUGCAUUUAUACUCUGUCAGGGGAGAGAUAGAAAACUGCAGAGCUGUGUUUGAAGCAAUGCUUGCAGAAGGUCUGAGACCUAAUGUCGUUUCCUAUAAUGCCUUAAUGGGUGCCUAUGCUGUUCAUGGAAUGAGUGAAAAGGCUCUCUCGGUUUUCCAAGAAAUAAAGAGGAAAGGCUUGCUCCCAGAUGUGGUCUCUUAUACAUGCUUGCUCAAUUCUUAUGGAAGAUCACGUCAGCCUGGAAAGGCAAAGGAGGUAUUCCUUAUGAUGAGAAAGGAAAGGAGAAAGCCUAAUGUUGUUACUUACAAUGCACUGAUUGAUGCUUAUGGGUCUAAUGGGUUGUUAGCUGAAGCUGUGGGAAUCUUCCGGCAGAUGGAGCAAGACGGCUUUGAGCCAAAUGUUGUUUCAGUAUGCACUCUUUUGGCUGCUUGUAGUAGGUCCGGGAAAAAAGUGAAUGUUGAAACUGUACUUUCUGCAGCACAGUCGAGAGGUAUCAAGCUCAAUACGGCAGCCUAUAACUCAGCCAUUGGAAGCUACAUAAAUGCAGCAGAACUUGAUAAGGCCAUUGCAUUGUAUCAGACUAUGAGAAGACGGAAAGUCAAAGCUGAUUCCGUUACUUUCACUAUCCUUAUAAGCGGUUCAUGUAGGAUGUCAAAAUACCCUGAAGCAAUUAAUUACUUGAAUGAUAUGGAAGAUCUCGGUAUUCCAUUGACGAAGGAGGUGUACUCUUCUGUAUUAUGUGCUUACAGCAAACAGGGUCAAGUUACAGAAGCAGAAUCCAUAUUCAACCAGAUGAAGACGGCUGGGUGCGAACCUGAUGCGAUAGCGUACACUUCAAUGCUCCAUGCUUACAAUGCUUCAGAAAAGUGGGAAAAGGCUUGUGAACUCUUCCUGGAAAUGGAAGCAAAUGGAAUAGAUCCAGAUUCUAUAGCUUGUUCAGCUUUGAUGAGAGCUUUCAACAAGGGAGGUCAACCGUCAAAUGUCUUUAUCCUGAUGGAUUUAAUGCGGGAAAAAGAAGUCCCCUUCACUGGAGCAGUUUUCUUUGAGAUCUUUUCGGCUUGUAACAUCUUGCAGGAAUGGAAAAGAGCUGUAGACCUCAUCCCAAUGAUGGAGCCGUAUCUGCCGUCGCUUUCUAUCGGCUUAACUAAUCAGAUGCUGCAUCUUUUUGGGAAGAGUGGUAAAGUCGAAGCAAUGAUGAAGCUGUUCUAUAAGAUAAUAGCUUCAGGUGUUGAAAUCAACCUCAAGACUUAUGCAAUACUAUUGGAACAUCUUUUAGCCGUUGGAAACUGGAGAAAAUACAUUGAGGUUUUAGAAUGGAUGAGUGAUGCUGGUAUUCAACCCUCAUACCAAAUGUAUCGUGACAUUGUUUCCUUCGGUGAAAGAAGUGCUGGGAUCGAGUUUGAGCCUCUAAUACGCCAAAAAAUGGAAUCACUGAGAAACAAAAAGGAGAAGAUCUGAGUCCACCUCGUAGACACGAAGACGCAUUGUAAUUUCCAUUGUAUAGAUUUUUUUGGUGGAGUGAUAAUUUAUACAGUAUAUGAUGUUUGUAAGCUUGUUAAUCUUCUCUAUCAAUAAGAUAAUUCGGUUCACAACAUGAAAUAACUUGGGGGUGUUGAAAA